AUGUCUCAAGCUAGAGCUAAGGAGACAGAGCCUCAGAUUCUUGUACGUAGAACUAAGAACACUGCACACACGUCUCAAGCUAGAGCUAAGGAGACAGAGCCUCAGACUCUUGUACGUAGAACUAAGAACACUGCACACACGUCUCAAGCUAGAGCUAUGGAGACAGAGGCUCAGACUGCUGUACGUAGAACUAAGAACACUGCACACACGUCUCAAGCUAGAGCUAUGGAGACAGAGGCUCAGACUGCUGUACGUAGAACUAAGAACACUGCACACACGUCUCAAGCUAGAGCUAUGGAGACAGAGGCUCAGACUGCUGUACGUAGAACUAAGAACACUGCACACACGUCUCAAGCUAGAGCUAUGGAGACAGAGCCUCAGAUUGCUGUACGUAAAAAUGCUAAUAAGCAAUCUACAUCUCGUAAGAGGAGUAACGAAACUCAGCAAGAAAUUGUUGAGCGGAAAACAAAAAAUAGACGUACAAUGUCUACUAUCAGACAUUGUACAAAAACAAUUGAUGUUGUAAUUGAUAAGUUUCUCACAAAGGUGAGAACUGGUCCUGAUUUUGUCUGUACUAGCUGCCACAGAAUGUUGUAUAGGCAUACUGUAGUGCGUUUCAAGCCUUGUAAGUACACUAAAGCUGACCCCGACCUACUCGAAAAGCUUUCUAAGCAUGCACACUUCAGUAAAAUCGAUGGGAACCAGUGGGUGUGUAAAACAUGUGAUGGUUCAAUUACCAGAGGUGUCAUGCCUGCUCAAGCUAAAAUCAAUGGUAUGGAACUAGACAGUGAGCCUCAUGAGUUGAAGUGUUUGAAUGCACUAGAACGUAGGUUAAUUGCAUUGCGUGUACCAUUUAUGAAGAUGGUAGCACUCCCAACUGGAAAGCAAAAGUGUAUACACGGCCCAGCUGUAAAUGUACCAUCAAAAGUAGACACCGUGUGCGAUAUCCUUCCAAGGUUACCUUCAGAGUGUCAGCUAGUUCCACUAAAACUAAAGCGUAAAUUGUCCUACAAAGGACAUUAUCUGUACGACUAUGUAUCACCAGAAAGAUUGAGUAAUGCUCUGAUAUGGCUGAAAGCUAACAAUUCAUUGUAUGCACACAUUAACAUUUGUGAUGAUUGGGUGACAAAUGCAAUAGCAGAUGACCAGGAGCUGGUAAUGAGCAUGCUAGAGCAAGACGAGCCUAUGCAUGAUAGUCACACCAAUGAGCCUGAGCCCACCAAACUUGAUGCCAAUAGUAGUAUUGCUUUAGACCUUCCUACCACUAGCGCUGACAUUUCCCAUACGGCUAGCAGCGGGGAUUCCAUAUCAGUGCAUUCUCAGCUAUUAGGUCAAUUUGUAGGUGAACACGGCUUAGUGAUACACGAUGUGCCAGGUGAUGGCAACUGCAUGUUCAGCUCAGUUUCAUAUCAGUUUCAACAUCUCGGGCAUGACGUCAACGCCAGUACCCUAAGAGAAAUGUCUGUAGAUUAUUUGACCGACAACGGUGACCGAUAUAGCCAUUUUGUACAUCAGUCAGUAGACAGCAAUGAUGGUUACAAUGCUGGUUACAAUGCUGACAACGAACCCUUAGACGAGGAAGACUCACACAUUGCCUCGCUUGCAGACCCAGAGGAGCAGCGACUCUUGCGCUGGGGUAAAUAUCUGCGCAGAUUGAGUGACGGUGCUUGGGGUGAUCACAUUGCUUUGACGGCAAUUGCCAAUCUAUUUAGUUUGAAAAUUAACACGUUCACUCUCAAUCGAAGUGGUACAAAUGUUGUCACUGUAAAUCCUUGCGGUGAACAUGAGGUCAACAUAGGGCUUAUCAUGCAGUAUCAUUUCGUCGGUUUAGAUGCACCUACAAUACCUGUUACCACCCCAACAUUGACCAACUCUAGUCUUGCCUGUGCAACUAUUAGGCGUGACAGUGAAGUAGAUCACAUGAGUGACCCCCAACCUAUGGUAGUCGAUGGCAAUCAAUGUACUAACGUCCAAUUUGGUACUAACAGUAAUGAUCCUGUGUCAGUAUGUGCUGAAGUGUUAGAAGAAUUGGUGCAACAACAUGGUCUAACAGUACAUGAUGUUCCUAGGGAUGGUAACUGUAUGUUCAAUUCUUUUGCAUAUCAGCUGAAAUCUUUGGUUCAGAAUUUAUAUGGCAGUACCCUAAGGCAAAUGUGUGUACGUUAUUUGGACGAACAUGGUGCUGACCAUGGCCACAGCCAGUUUGUACCCCAGUCGAAUGAACCUUUUGAUCAGGAGGAUGCAUACAUUGAGUCAGUUGCAGACCCUGUAGUACGGCACGACUUACGUUGGCAACAGUAUUUGACAAGGUUAAGUGAAGGUGCUUGGGGUGACCCCAUUACAUUAGCAGCUGUGUGCCAGCUAUUUAAUCUUAAACUUACAGUGUUUCAUUCAUAUCCAGAUGGUACACGUGUCGCUACUUUACAUGAAUUUAGUGAACAUGAAAUUAAACUUGGUCUACUUAUGAAAAACAUUUUUGUGGCCCUGGACGAGCUAACCGUACCUACACUAUCUGUUAGCACUCCCACACUUCCAACCACUGUUAGUCGUACCUGUGCCACUGAUUCCAGUACAAACGACUGUAAUGGAGACAUAGAGAUUGAUGAUUUAACAAUAGCAGAAGGCGAUCAACAUACAUUAGAAAUUACCGGUGGCACACAUGCUAGCAUUCUAUCACUUGAGAACCCUGAACAGAUAGUGAGUGUAGCACCAGCUGAAGGCCAGAAACCACUGUUUAUUAUGUCUGACCCACAGUUUGAGUUAAUGUGUAACCCUGACAAAUUUUGCUUUGGUACUGGUGGUUUUAGCAAGCAAAGGCCUAGAAAACUAACGUACAGAAAGUAUUUCAAUGCACGGUUGUUAGACAUUGACGGGAGAUUUUCUCGAGAUUUAGACUACUUGUUUGUAGCCCAGUACAUUGUUGAGUGUAAACAGGUGCUGGACGAUGGCAACAAUUUUGCAUGGAGACAGAAACCAGCUAGAUCGUUUACAGCCUCACAGGUGCGAGACUCAGCAUUCCUAAGUCUACACGUACGUACCGACAAAGCAUACAGAUUUCUCAAAAAUGUUAGAGGUUCGCCCCCGUAUUACCAGCGGACAUUUUAUGAUUUGCUAGCAAUGAUAAGACAGCUGGGUACUCCCACGUGAUUCUUUACAUUGUCGGCAGCAGACAUGAAAUGGCCAGACAUUAUUCAGAUUAUCGGUAGGCAGUACGGUCACCACUUUACAGAUGCACAAAUUGAAGCAAUGUCAUUCGAGGACAAAAGCAAAUGGUUGAGGUGCAAUCCUGUAACAGCAGCUAGGCAUUUCCAUUACAGAUUGACGACAUUCUUUCAAGAUGUUAUCAAAAGUAAAGCUAAGCCCCUCGGUGAAAUAGUUGAUCAUGCUAUUAGAAUUGAGUUUCAAUCUAGGGGUUCACCACAUGCUCAUUGUGUGCUUUGGGUUAAAGAUGCUCCCCUGUAUGGUGUCGCCAGUAACACUGACAUAUGUGCAUUUAUUGAUCAGUACGUUACUUGUGCAAUCCCAGGAGACGAGUGUAGUAAACUGAAACAACAAGUUCUGGCAGUACAGCAACACAGACAUUCUAGCUACUGUAAGCGACACAAGUCGUGUAGAUUUCGCUUCCCACACCCUCCCAGUGCUAACACAGUUAUUGCAGAGAGCUCCCCUGAUCUAGAGCACGUUAAACAAGCUCAAACGGUAUUAACUAA